AUGGAGCCCACGGAAUUUGCUACAUUCCAAAAGGAUGCUUCCCUCGGCUUGGUUAAGCUCGUCAAGACAGUGAAGACUCUUUCGUCAGGAGAUAUCGCCUUCAACAAAUCCCUAGAUGCAGAAUUUUCCACAGUUCUCGACAAUACAAACAGCAAAGUUUUAGGCUUGAUCAAUAGCUUGGUUCGAAACGCUACCGAUGGAUCUGAUGUGAAGUUUGAAAAUUUCGAGGAUUCAGAUAGUGUAGAGACACGAUGGUCUGUUAUCUCUGAAGUCGUUGACUUUUUGUUAGAGAAAGCGGAUAUGUGUAUGGACGAAUAUACUGGAACUGUGAAGAGAGGGAUCAUGCAGACGACAACGGCGCAGAGCAACUACAAGUCGGCUCGGACGGAGAAGCGGACAGCAGAAGGGAGAAAGGCAUUCAACAAAAGUUUGCACAUGGUGAAACCUCAGCUUCAAUUCAAAAAACCCUUGUCGCCGCUGGAUUCGGGCCCUCAUAAACCACGGUUGGAGAAGAAGCCGCAUGCGAUCAAACCGCUCCAAGACAGUUUGGUCCCAACCAUCCUUGAUGGUAGGGAGAAGUACCCGCAUCCAUAUCUAGAGGAGAUAUCUCAGUAUAAAUUCCCAAACCGUGUGCACAAAGUGGCGGAGCCCAUUCAAUACAAGCCCUUUGAGUCAACUUCGGCUAUAUUCGUAGAUUCUCCCCAACGGUUACACGAGAUGAUGCAAGAGUUAGUAAAAGCGGAGGAGAUAGCCGUGGAUUUGGAGCACCAUGAUUUUAGGUCAUAUAUCGGCUUGGUGUGUUUGAUGCAAGUUAGCACACGCGAACAGGAUUGGAUCAUCGAUACCCUAAAGCUAAGAGAUGAGCUCGAGGUUCUGAACGAGGUUUUCGCCAAUCCUGGUAUUGUGAAGGUCUUUCAUGGUGCCUUUAUGGAUAUUAUCUGGCUUCAACGCGAUCUGAAUAUCUAUGUGGUGGGCCUUUUCGAUACAUAUGAUGCCGCAAGAAGUUUGGGAUUCACCGGCCACAGUCUCGCGUUCCUUCUCAAAAAAUAUAUUAAUUUCGACGCUGAUAAGUCGUAUCAAUUGGCGGAUUGGAGAGUGAGACCCAUACCUCAGGAAAUGCUUGAUUACGCAAGGUCCGACACGCAUUUCUUAUUGUUCAUCUAUGACAAUAUGAGGAACGAACUGAUAGGGAAGAGCAACGCCGCGGAGGAGGAUAAAAUCGAAACGGUGCAAAAUAAUUCGAAAGAAACAUGCCUUAAAACCUACGAUACAGAGCCCUACGACCCGGUCAACGGCGGCGGGUCUCGUGGCUGGCUAUCGAUCCUGAAACACAAUGCAGUCAAUUUCACUGAUGAACAAUUUUCUGUGUUCAGGGCCGUGCAUGCAUGGCGUGAUAGGGUUGCACGGGAAGAAGACGACAAUCCACAUUUCGUGAUGUCAAAAAAUCACUUGCUCAGUUUUGCGAGGCAAAUGCCUGUUGAUGCAGCCGCGGCCUUAUCAGUCAGUAGCAACCCAUUGCUAAGGUCCAAAUUAUCAGACCUCGUUUCUACGAUCAAGGAAGCCAAGGCAAACCCUGUGCCGUUCAGUUCGGUACAACAUCUUUUGGUUACCGCUGGAAAAUAUUGGACUCCGCAGGCUAAAGAUACAAGGAAGGAUGGCGAAGAGGGAUUAAAUAUAAUGCCAAUGCUUGGCGCGGGAGACGCGGGAGCAAAAACAGAAGAAUCUCAGUUUUGGGGAGGCACAUUCGGCGGUAGUCGUUGGGAAGUUAAGGACCUGGUCGUUGGUGUGAACGACAUUUCGCUCGCACUACCCUUGCCAAAUCUCACGGCCACCGUUCUCGACGGCCCUGGCGGACAUGAAACUCAGACGCCGAUCCCUCGUGCAGAUUACAUCAAAGAUAGAGAGAUCAAGUCAGAGGCGGCGGAUAUAGUUGUUAUCAAAAAGCUUGGCGGAGGGCGGAAGCGGAAGCUUGAAGAUGUCACCGAAUAUGUGCAGCACAAUGAUGAUGAUGAUGGAUCGGAUGGCGAUCCAGAUUCACCAAGCUCCCAGGUUGGCGCUAGCGCAGGGGAGGCUAUACCCGGGAAUGAUGUGGACAAGGAAGAUGGGCUUGAGACAGUUCAACUUUCGAAGUUAGACAAGCGAGCCGCUAGGAAAGCAGAAAAGAGGCGCAAGAAGGCAGAAGCGAAACGCGAAACGGCACCAGGAGAUGGGGAUCUUCAGGAGAACGGUGGGGAUGAUGAAGAAAAUGAAGAAGGAGAGUUCCAGGCAUUUGAUUACACAUCGGCACCAUCGAUAAUGAAUGCGAAGAAAGAAAGCGAAAGCAAAGCGUUCGAUGGGAGCAAGAAAUACGAUGGGGGUCCAAAGGGGAUGAGAGGUCGAAGGCGAGAAAGGGAAGGCAAAAGCUCAACAAUGAGGGCAUAA